AGCAAGACCUUCUUGCCACAGGAAUAGUGAACAUACGCUUGCAUUUACUACUCUUUUUGUAAGGUUAAAUUUCUGCAAAGAAUUCUUGCACAUUGUAAAAGAAAAGAUCAAGAAACAUAAGGAGGACAAAAAGAGGACAUAAUAAUCUUGCAAGAGACGAGAGGGCGCCGCUAACCCGCGCCGCCUCACUCCUGCCAUCUGUAAACAUUCCCCCAAACAAAAACUAAGUACAAAAAUAACCAAUUCCUGCCGUCUGGGAGUGUGACGGACAAUUUAUCUUAACUUAAACAUGCGUGAGGGCGUGAGGCAGUACGUCGGGCGACAGGAGACGAACGGCAGCCUUUAGUAUCACCAAUUAAAAACAAGAGAACGGAGUGGAAGGGGCCACGGAGUGUCCUCGCCUCUGCUCCUAGCUACAAAAAUCGCCCAUAGCCCAACCUUGCCGAGGCUCCUCUGCCCACCAUCCCUGCGGCUUUCGGUGUGCAUGUGCGGUUUCUUCUGAACCACCACCAUGCCCAAGAAGAAGUCAUGUAUUGCAAACAACAGUACCUUGGCUGCUGACUUCAAGCCAGGCACUGGGGGCUCUCCAGAUUCUCCGAAUAAUCCCAAGAAAAAGAGACGUACCUCUAAUCCCCCACCCACAGCCCAAGGCCCUCCGUCCACCCCACCGAGCAACGACUUGGUCCCUCCCCCCCUCUCAGGUUAUGGUGACACAAUUGUGGCGUCCAACCCUUUUGAUGACUCCCCUUCUGUGUCGGCACCAUCCUCCAGUAGCAUGGGGCCGGGGCCAGGACCGGGGCCUGGACCUGGACCAGGCCCAAUGAGUCAUGGUCCGAUGGGCCCGAUGGGGAUGUCUUACAUGGCAAAUAUGAACAUGAAAAACAUGGGAAUGGGAGGCCCAAUGAGUGGACCAAUGGGAGGACCAAUGAAUGGACCCAUGGGUCCUGGUGGACCAAUGGGUCCUGGAGGUCCCAUGAAUGGACCAAUGAGUGGACCCAUGGGACCUGGUGGACCUAUGAAUGGUCCAAUGAAUGGUCCUAUGAGCAGUCCCAUGAAUGGUCCCAUGAAUGGGCCAAUGAAUGGACCAAUGAAUGGCCCCAUGAAUGGGCCAAUGUCAGGCCCAAUGAACAUGAACAACAUGAAUGGCAUGAACAUGAACACUUCAAUGUCUGGGCCAGGCAUGCCCAUGACCACCAUGAGCCAGAUGACCAGUAUGGCAGGGAUGAAUGGACCCAUGCCUCCAAUGAAUGGACCAGGGAUGAACAAUGGACCAGGGAUGAAUAAUGGCCAGGGCCCGAACAUGGGACCCAAACCCAUGCCAGUCAGUUCUGGCAAGGUUUACCCGCCCGACCAGCCAAUGGUCUUCAAUCCUCAAAACCCGAAUGCUCCGCCCAUCUACCCGUGUGGGAUCUGCCACAAGGAGGUGCAUGACAAUGACCAGGCAAUCCUCUGUGAGUCGGGUUGUAACUUCUGGUUCCACAGGGUAUGCACGGGGCUCACAGAAGGGGCGUAUCACCUAUUGACAGGGGAAGUGUAUGCUGAAUGGGUAUGUGAUAAGUGCCUCAAUUCAAAGAACAUCCCGCUUGUAAAAUUCAAGCCAUGAGGGCGUGUGAUGGAUAUGUAAAAGGAUCAGUCAAGUGAGCAGCUUAACUGCAGGAUGGAAUCUUUCAUUUCAAGUAGCAGUCAGAAAUUAGUCUUCCCUGAGUCCUUGCAUAUGCUCAUUGUGGCUGAUCUUUUCACAUAUACCUGAUGAAUUUUCUCAUGUUUACUGUUCAUAUAGGACAUGAUCAUCAUCUAAAUAUUCCUGGGGCCAGAUAAUACCAGCUUCAUCCAUUCAGAUACUCGUGUGUGUGUGUGUGUGUGUAUAUAUAUAUAUAUAUAUAUAUAUAUAUAUAUAUAUAUAUAUAUAUAUAUAUAUAUAUAUAUAUAUAUAUAUAUAUAUAUAUAUAUAUAUAUAUAUAUAUAUGGUUGACUUGCCCUAGUUAUUGGAACUCCUAACCAAUCUGGCAGCUGCUGACUAGCGCAUUAUCCUGGUGGGGAGUCACAAGCCACUGAUGUGUAUCUCAAGCUCUGCUCUGUAUAGGAUCAGCACCCUUUCCAGAUUUAAUCCAGAGAUAUUUUACAAAUCAAAUGAGUUCUGAGCUUCAGGAAUUGUGCAUCAUCACUUCCGUCAGGUGCAUAAUGUAGAACAAUUGCUCAUUUUCACAAGAUAUUCAAGACUGUGCUACCUGUUCCUAUUUGUUCUAGUAGCAGCCUUUCAUCUGGUGCAGUUUGCACAUUUAUUGAUAGGGAUAUUGUCAAGAUUUUGUCUUGCAUCGUUCCUUGUACAGAUAAAUUUUGAUCGGAUAUUAACUUUUCAAUCUAAGUUAAACUGAAUUUUGCAUAAUAUUCAGUCUUAAGUUCAUGCACUAUUAAUUUUUUUUGUGUUAGACUAGAAGUUCUUUGUGCAUUGUAGUAAAUGAAGGAGGCUCAGGCAGUAUGCUUUGAUGUAGUUCACUGAAGUGUCAGUAACCCAAAAAUAAGGGAACUGCAACAAAAAAAGCUAUAUGAAAACACUUGAUUCAUAUUUAUAAAUUUUCCUUUGACAUUUUUAACCUUCAUUGUUGCAAUAAUUGUGGUGUUACUAUGGUAAUCACAGUAACUGCAAUACCAGUUAUUUUUAGGAUUAAAUCAUAUCUGUGCUACAGUGUCUUGAAUUUAACACAUUAGGCAUGGGACUGGUUGGCUUGAAGUUUGUGUAAAGGGAAUUCAUCCAUCCAUCUCCAGGAUGAGUGGUCAUUGUCCAUCACAAGCUGUCCAUUAAAGUUUGCCUAUGAGGGCAGUUAUGUAAGAAAAGCUCUAUUUCUCCACACUACUAGGGCUGUUGUUUGCACAUUCCAGACUGACCAAGGCAACAUGGUAGUUGCCUGUCAGUGAAUAUUAGAAUUUUGCAAAGAAAUAAAACAUUAAAGACAUUUCUGAGCCAGCCUUCAUUAUAUUGUUAAUUAACUCAUGGAGAAAAGUGACAAUAUUAUAAAGGCUGUAUAUCAGUAGUUUUUUGUUUUACUAUUAAAAUUACAUUUGUGUGUAUUAUAUAUAUAUAUAUAUAUAUAUAUAUAUAUAUAUAUAUAUAUAUAUAUAUAUAUAUAUAUAUAUAUAUAUAUAUAUAUAACUAAUCAUAUAAAUGUGGAAGUGAUGGCUAAUUAAUAUGAUUUAAAUUGAUUCUCACCCAGUAGAACACUACAGAGUAUUAGCAUAAUUUUGUUUGCAUACACUUUCUGGGUUAAGAAUUUACUUUUCUGAAGUUUUAAUGAUUUCGCUUACCAUGUCAAGAUUGCUUAUUUACUUUGUUAAUCUUUGUGAGUACAUUCAGUUCAUUCUGUGUUGAUAUUCAGUUUUGAACUUAAGCAGGAAGAGCCAUGUGGCAAAACAUUUUUUUUUCUUAAGCAUAAAACAAAAAUUAUUAUCUUUUAUUAUAUAUAUAUAUAUAUAUAUAUAUAUAUAUAUAUAUAUAUAUAUAUAUAUAUAUAUAUAUAUAUAUAUAUAUAUAUAUAUAUAUUUGUGUGUGUGUGUGUGUGUAAGAGGGGAAUUGGCUAAAGUCAACAGUAAGGACCCUGAUCCUGAAAAAAAAAAUGACAAAAAUGUCAACUGAAAGUGUUAUUCCCAAAGAAAGGUCAAAAGUAUCAUCCAGAAUAGGAGGCUAAGUGUCUUGAAACUCCCCACUUGAAAGAGUUGAGUUAUAGGAAGGAGUAGAAAUAGAAGCAAGCAGGGAAUUCCAAUUUAUCAGAGAAAGAGCAAAAUGACUGGGAUUACUGGUUGCAUCAGGGAAGUGGCCGGAAAGGAAUGAGAGAGGUACGUUUUGUACAGUGAGGCUGCGGGAGGACGGGAGGUGAGCAAGAUUGGAAUAUCAUAUACAGUGGCGAAAUUAAUUAGUCUGGCAAAACUAUUGCCAAAUGCAAAUUUCAGCAAGCACGAGUUCUUUAUAUAUAAAUUGACUAAAAAAUACCUCAAUCAGUCUUUGGUCAUUGCUAAAGUCCCUCUUUUGACCCCUAAAAUACCAUCUUUCGAGCUGAAAUAAAAUCUUUUGCCUUCACAUAUUAGAACACAUGUACAAAACACACCAAUAAACAAUAAACAAACAUGAUAUAAAGGCUGUAACUCCCAUUUUUCUACCUGUUUCCCUUGCCCACUUUCGUCCUUGCGGCCACCACCCUUGUCCUUACCUCCACCGGUACCACCUGUUGCACUGGUAGAGGCCAUGUUGGUGGUAAAUCACCAGAAUUCAUUCCCACGCUAGCAGAACAGAGGGUAGCACAAAUAAAAAUGGCUGAAGGGGACUCUCACACUGCGUUCUGAUAGGUUUAGAGAGGUCUGACAUCACUGGGGAGCCGCGUGGUUCGCUGUGCACCCGCCAGGGGACCACCAAGUUUGAAUUCAAAUCGCCAAGCAUGCACUCGGUGGUCCGUGGCCACCGUACCGCCAAAAGUGAAUUUCGCCAAGCUGAGAUUUGCCAAGCGCAGGGGCUACUGUAGCACGAAAAUAGCAAUAGAUGAUGAUACCAAGCGGUGCAACAUUGUGGUGAUGAGUGAGGUUGUAGGUAGUCAGUCAGAGAAGAGGAAUUGAUAAGACAAAAUGCAUAUGAUUAUUUAAUUAUUUGUUUUGCCCUUCAGGAUACUUGACUCUACUCAUACACAUUUAGUUGAGGUGUAAUUGAUUUGACAGUACAUAUAGUGUACAACUUGGUCGUAUAGUAGGUAUUAAAAUAAUUCAUGAUUUUUCAACAAGGUAGAAUAAAGGUGGUGAGAAAUGCUUUAGUGUUUGGAGUCCCUGACUGGAAGUGGAGGGGCAGUUUUGAGGUGAGGCAGGAGAGUGAACAGUAUCUUGAACCAGUAUUGUGUUGGGCAGUGGCAUUAUUUUAAUUUGAAAUGUGAUGCUUUUGCACAAGUUAUAUAGGUUUGAAUUAUUCUCAUUUUUCUUGUGUUUGUAGCUAUUAAGUUGUAGUAGAAAAACUCCACAGUACUAGAAUAAGUUCCACAUUUCAUGUUAAUUUUACUAACCAUUGAGGAGAUAUAGCUGCAGAAGGCAGUAUUUGCCAUGGUCCUGGCUGAUGACUUAGCCUAGCCUAAAUGUGCAAACAACCAGUGGUUCAAGUAGUAUGUGAACCUGCUUGUACCUGAGAAAUACACUGAAAAAUGUACUGGUAGAAAUGCUGUAGAAUCUCAUUGUGUUCUCAUCAAAAAUAAUUACUUAUUAAGGAAAGAGUGCCAUGGCUUCUUAAAACAUUCUGUUCAUUCCUGCAGAAUACAAUUCUUCUGUCCUUUGUAAAAUAGCUGAACUCUGUAAUCUGUGGCUUUCUUGCCUUCCAUUUUUAACACCUUAACCUGGUUUGCUACAACAAUGUAGUAUAUUAUGUACCUUCAAUUUUGAACCACCGAUGACUGAAACCUUCACUUUCCUCAAUGCUUAGGAGGCUCAACAGAAUCUCCAGUAGUAGGGUACCCAGAGUGGUCUGCAAUAUGUGGAGUGAGGCACAGCUAUGGGUUUUAGCUACAAGACUGAUGGUUAAGGAUGGAAUAUCUUUUACUAAUAUAUCUGAUGCCAAAUUUCAUAUUCAUAUAUUAAUGUGUAGUUGAUAGUUCCUAAAAUAGUUACUACCCACAUGCAUACAAUCAGUUUGCACUGAAUCAAGUGGCAUGGGAUAUGGAAUUUUGGAUAUUUUUUUUAGACAUUUCAGAUUGAUUAGUUAGCUGAGCCUAACUGAAGGCUUCAUGUAAAGAAAUAUAAUUGAGUGUUCUUAUAUGCUCCUCAAUGUACAAAUAUUGUUUCUCUGGGUUAUGUUCCUAGGGCAAACUUUCUCAUCUCCAUGACAGAGCAGACUUUCUGUGUGUGUAUGUAUGUGUGAACCAGGGUUCUAAGCCAUACAUUCUGAGGAGUGGUAGCUCAAAAAUACUUCCUGAUUAACCUGUCCAUUAAUAUUGGACUAUGAUGUUCAAAAUAUUGUAUCUUGAAUAUAACAUGUAAUUUCUUCAUUUCUUAGACUAAGACAGAUUUCCUUUAUUCAGUAGUAAGUUAUAAUAACUAUAAUAAACUAUAUGUCUAGUUAGUUAUCACUGGAAUUAAAGGUUGAAAAAUAUGAUUUCUUCUGAACAUUUUGUUAUUGUUAUUAAAAACAGCAGUAGUCUUCUUUCGUUAUGAACUUCUCCUUUUUAGUAAUGGUAGGCAUUUCUAUCAUGGAACAUAUUUUACUGAUUACAUACAAAUCAUAAAGUAAUUGUUUACUUAACAAUAUUACAGGCAGACCCCACAUAAAGCUGGUAUUUGAUUUGAGAAACAAAUAAAAUGGCUAGAUGAAUCAAUUUGAAUUGUAACAAGAAAGAAAAAGAUAGUGAAUGUAGAUGAAAGAGCACAGCCAGUCAUGAGAGACCGGUGAACGUUCACAGGAUUUGUGGAGUGGCAGGGUUACGAUCUGCAAGGCAAAGAGGGAAGACGUGCGACAUCUGUAAGGUUGCUGCUGCUGAUUUGGCAGAACCUUUUAUGACUAUCACAUCCCACUACCAGAGAAGGAGACAUACGUAUAUUAUAACUAAUGUUUCAUAGUGCAGGGAAAGUGUUCAGCAGAGAUGAAAUAAAUAAAGGAGUUAAAUGAAAAUGUGACCGCACUGGCUAGCAGUCUGAACUUGUCAAUUGUCAUAUCUCUGCAUGUCAUUACACAGCAGUUAACUCUUGACAUCAUUAACACAUUAUAUUGUGAACUACUGGUGAAGCUGGACAUUGUGCAAGUGUGAGCCACAGCUCAGGGCAUAGAAACUUCAAUGAUUUCUCUUAAAAGUUGCUGGACUUGUACUGACAAAUAUGCAUUAGUUGUGUUUACUGGCAUGCCCAUUAACUGAUUUCUUCCUGGUAGGCAUCACAUAAAGAUUGCUUGCUUGUAAAAUUGUGCAAAACUUUGCACAUUUCAUAUUAAAAGUGUCAGUGGAGUUCUUCACCUUUCUUCAUAGCAACAGAAAUAAAACCAGAAAAGCCCUGGUAUGUGUGGCACGAAACAUCAUAAAACACUCAGUGCAAUACUUUCAUUAGCACUGAGUGUAAUCCUUAAAAGCAGUUCUUUAGUCUUUCACCUUCAUGAGAGGCUGAUAUUUCCUGUAAAGUGCGGACACCAAACAAGGUCUUGUAUACAAGCAUUAAGCAAUGUGUGUUUGGGCAAUGGUAGUUUUCCUGGAUUUGGCCAGCCAAGCUUUCAGUGUCUGGAAAAUAUGAAUGGCUAAUGUAAUAAUGGCAGGAGUGGCUAACAGUAUCACCUCUGUAUGUCCAUUAUGCCUGUUUUUUUGUUUUGAAGGUGCAAGUUUUGAUAAAAAGUCACUAUGUAUAAGAGGCAGCUUUAAAUGGGGAUUGUCUGUACAUUAUUUAAAACUAAAGUAGUAUAUGUUAACUAAUCUGUUGUAAGUACUACAUACAUCCUUUCUGUAUAUUAUUAUUUACAGCAUUUAAAAGGCUUGUGACUACUACUAUUAAUGUUAAAAAUUCACACCAGACUAAGUAAAUGUACUUUCCACUGUCGUGAGGUUUAGUGGUGGUAACAUAACUGUUUUGUUUCUGUGUGGAGUGAGCCUUGGCCAAGCUUUGGCCCUGCCACUGAAGGCAUCCUCAAUGCUGGAGACGAGGCUGCUCCUGCUGAGGCCAAGGCUGUGUGUAAAUAUGACCACCAAUCUGGUUGGUACUUACCACUAUAUCAUUGUACGUAUAUCAAAAUUAUGUUUUUAUUAGACAUAGUUAGGGAAGAUUAAUAUUUGUUGAAUUAUAUAUUUAUAGUUUAAAUUUAAUAUGAUUGGCUAAAUUUCAAUACAGUACAUGUUUAUCUUAUUAUGUACUAAUGUUGGCUUUGUUUGAUCAGUUUACCUUUACAUUGGAUCAAAAUUGUUGCUAUGAACUUGUAGGUUUGUUAUGUUACACCUGUAAUCUUAUAGGUACUGUACAAAAGUAGUUACUGAAAAGUCAUCAUAUCAUGGCAGAGUAAAUUAUCCACUAUUUGCUUAAUAAUUAAGUAUUUCUUAAUCAAAGUUUUAUUUGAUAGCCUGUAGAUACAUUAACUACAAUAAAGUUGUGCAAAAAAUAAAACUGCAAGAAAAA